AUGGCCGCGGGGUCGGUCAUUACCCCGCCACAAACUAGCAAAGCUCUCGCUGCAUCUUUGCUCGAGGAUUGCAACACUCUAUUAUCCGAAAUCACAUUCCUUCAAUCCCACCUUGUAGCCAUCGAUAAACCCAAUACAAUCGAGUUGCGGCAGUUCAAGUCCUUCGUGCAGUCCGAGUUGAAAUCUUUGAACAAAUUAGCAGAACUAGCGGCGAAGACGGAUACACCGAUAGGCGGAUAUGAUGACGACGAUGAGGCCGGCCAGGAUGAAGCAGAGAUACGCGUCCUACACUCUCUACGGUCGUCGAAUCUGCCGUUCUAUUCAUCCGUCUGGAAUGUGGCGAAAUACAGUUGUACUGGUCUAAUUGCUUUCAGCAAGCGCUUUUACUGGUAUAGCUCUAAGAGCAAUGCUCAUGGAUCUAGAUGGGACAGGAGGGAGGCGCAAGCCCCGCCAACUUCGACUAGAAAUCUCGAGCGCUCGUUACAGGGAUUACACGUUUCGGCUGACGCGCACAAGGCGGUUGAGGAAAAUUUGAACAAAGCAGGAUUGCACAAAAGAAGUGUGCUGGUGGAUAUAGUAGCUGACAAUGGUGAGGAGUGGGUCAAAGUGUCCACUGUCACACCCAGUCGGCUACUGUUCGAGUUGGCAAAAAGGGGCUGGGAAAUGGGAUGUGACUCGGCAAGCGAUAAUGGAGAGAAGGAAGCCGAGAUCUACAGGCUUCGCAAUGAUGAUGAUAGCAACGAUGAAGACGAAGAUGCCAUCGAAUUAGUAAGGCUUGCUACGGAUAUGAAAAGGGCGGCUGCCUUAGUCCGAGUCAGGUACCAGCAUCCUCGGAUCCGUUUCAUGCUGCCAAACAUUGUGGAAGGAAAUAUCCCCGAGGUCGAUGCUAUUAUUAAAGAUAUUCGGAAAACCGGCGUUAAAGUAGAGUGUAGUACGGAUAUAGAAAAUGUGGAAAAACUGCCUGCAGCUCCCAAUGGAAAGGAUAACAAUGGUCACCAUCAACCCAAGACAAUGGAAAAUCUACUUUCGACUUUGCUACCGAAUCCUCAUCCUCAUAUGACCUCUACCUUAAAUGUCGAUUGCACCUUACUCCUGGCUCUAGUGUCCGAUCUAUCACAUUUCCGUAAUCUUGAUCCAUCAUCAGGCCAUCAUCCGGCAAUUAUUCGCCAAAUUGAACUCGAAACGAAACAGCCAUUAGUUACCUCUGAACUUUGGCCAGCAAUGAGUGAUAGGCAGCUUGUAUGCACUGAAGAAGCCGCCAAGAGGAUGUACGAAAUAGUCGAGACAAUUGGUACUGCGAGUGAGAAGCGAAGGACGAAAUUAAUGAUGGUGGGCGACGACUCCGACCUAAACUUUGAUAGAGAGGAUUUGAUAUCCCAGUUUCAGGAUACAUCGGACCACAAAGUUCCGUUAAAUUGGAACAUCCCUAUUGGAGUAGUAAAUGCGCAAGCAGAGAUUGAACGGGGUUGGGCCAACGGUAUCCUGCCGCCGGCCGCCCGCAAAGUUGCAAGCCAGUUAAGUGACAUUAACACAAGCGUGUUCUUGUAUGGCUGGGCAGCUGGUCUCAUGACGAUUUCCAGUAAUCGGACUGUAGCUAAACAGAUCGAAGUCCUCGUCGAAGAAAACAGAAACGGGGAUGACGAAUUGUCAGGGCCCUUGGUGUGGAUAUGCGAUACAGCCAGAAGUUUGGUUGGCAAGGACAGCAAUAGGAAGGCCUGA